GAAAGAAAUGAAGCCAAUUUAUAUGCUCAUGUUUUAUUGAAAAACCGCUUUUGAGUUGUACAAGGAAGUUUUUGUUAUUGAUUUAUACAUUAAAAUUCUCACAGUUAAAUUAUUAUAUCUUGAAGGAAGUGUGUUCUGACACAUAAUUUUUGGAAAUGAUUUGGUACACAGUUGUAUCACUAAUUAUUGUACUGCCAUGUUUGUUUGGUGCACCAGAAACUGACCGUGUGGUAUCGUUACCAGGAUUGAAACAGCAGCCAUCAUGGAAACAUUAUUCCGGGUAUCUUAAAGCUUCUGGAACAAAGCGCCUACAUUACUGGUUGAUAGAGUCUGCGAACAAACCCAGUACAGACCCCUUGGUACUAUGGAUGAAUGGUGGACCAGGUUGUAGCUCAGAUUUAGGACUCCUGACUGAGCACGGUCCUUUCAGAAUAGCGAAAGAUGGAUCAGGGGUUACUAUCAACAAAUACAGUUGGAAUAAUGUUGCUAACAUGUUAUAUCUGGAAGCCCCAGCUGGAGUAGGAUAUUCAUACUCUGAUGAUAAAAACUACACCACCGACGAUGAUCAGGUGGCCAGUGAUAACCACCUAGCUCUACAAGAUUUCUUCUCCAAAUUCCCAGAAUAUAAACAAAAUGAUUUCUAUAUAACUGGAGAGAGUUAUGGCGGUAUCUACGUACCAACAUUGUCAAGUCUCGUAGUGGAUGACAAGUCAAUGAACUUCAAAGGGAUGGUGAUUGGUAACGGGAUCUCCAACUUCGAUACCAAUGAUAACUCAUUACUGUAUUUUGGAUACUACCAUGGACUUAUCGGUGACAAUUUAUGGAACAAGAUGUUGAAUGUAUGUUGCCCUGGAGAAUCUGGGAGACGGUGCCAUUUUGUGAACGGUUAUCUUAGCGAUGAUACAUGCUCAGACCUCGUACAGCAGGGCCUGACCAUCAUCUAUGACAGUGGUCUGAAUGAAUACAAUUUAUAUGCACCAUGCGAAGUGCCAAAAUUUAAGGGAUAUGUCUACACGAAUAAAUCUUUUGUUUACGAUCUUCCAAGUCUCGGACACAGGAAACAUCCUCAUAUGAUCAAGAAGCUAAAUAGAGUGUUUCUACCAACUGAUUUUACUCAAAUCAAGUUACAUAAACAAUAUGAAGAGUCAGUGAGAUUGACUCCCCCUUGUUUAGACUACGGCUAUGUGAUCAGUUAUAUGAAUACUGGGCCUGUGAGGACAGCGUUACAUAUCUCGCCGUUUGCUCAGGACUGGGAUGUCUGCAGUGCAACAGUUGGUGGGGGAUAUGUUAGACUAUACAAUGAUGUGACACAGUUUUACCAGAAAGUCCUUGGUGCUGGGAAGAAGGUGCUAGUGUACAACGGAGAUGUUGACAUGGCCUGUAACUUUCUAGGAGAUGAAUGGUUUGUGGAGAAACUGAAUCUACCUGUUGUGAAAGAACGUCAAGCAUGGUUUGUGAAAGACAGCACGGGAUCUCGGCAGGUGGCAGGAUUUGUUAAACAAUUUAAACAGUUGACUUUAACCACAAUUAGGGGAGCAGGGCACAUGGUACCCCAGGACAAGCCAGAAGCUGCACUAGAAAUGAUCAACAGCUUUUUAUAUGGACAUUGACUUUAGCGUACAGUGUUCUCUUUGUACCCGGCUUAUACUUACUACUGUAUUAACGAGAAUUUUUUUUUUUUCUGCCAUGCUUCAUAUUUAUUGUCUCUUAAUAAAAUUAUCUUUGUGAUACAUUUUUUUAAACAGAUCUCCAGUAGGAAUUUUUCACCUGUAAUGUUCCUCUAUGUUCCGUCUUGAAUGUUAAAUAUUUUUGAACUUGUUUAUGCAUUUCCGUUAAAUAUAUUUAAAAAUGAAAUGAUGUAAUAUUGGUAAAAUAGUAUUAGAGAAAAGCAAAAAGUGCAUAAUAGUUUGUGUGGAUAUUAUUUCACCACUUGAUGAAAUCUGUGAUUAGUUGAUUAGUGCUUUAAAACUUGGUUCUUUUCUUUUUAAAUAUUUGUUGUACAGUGGAAUCAUUUAUAUUUGUGAGGAACUAAUUAUCAUGGAUAUCAUGUUUGUGUCAAUCCAUGAAGUUAAGUCCAGAUAAGCGAAUUAAAUACCCAUCCAUUUUGUCUUCAAAAGUUGAAAUCCACUAAUUCAUAUCCCCAUGAAAUAGACAAUAUCAGACCAAAACCAUGAAAUUACGGGCCCACGAAAUUAAAUGAUUUCGCAGUAAUUUUCAACAAAGAUCAGUUUCAUAACAUUUUUUACCUGUGGUUUUGCACUUUGAUAUUAUGCGUUUAUUGUUAAGAUUACUUCAAAGGUUAAUUAAAGCAUCAUUUUAUUUAAAUGAUGAAAUUAAUACAGAGCUUAAGACUCUUCAAAAAAGAAGAAUGACAAGAUUAAUUCUAACACGAUCCAAUUCAUUUUCCUAUUAAACAAAGAAGGCUGAAAACAGUGAAUUAUUAUACAACAAUUCACUGUUCUGACAUCACAAUUAUUACGUCAUAGCAUCAAACGGCAUAGAGGCGCGCUGGAAAAGAAACCAAUUGAAAACGGGCAGAUAUCUAAUGAAUGCUGUCAAGAAUAUACUUUAAAGUCCUAUGUAACGUUUUAGAAUCGAAAUAAUAUAUCUCAUUUAGCGAUUUGCUCUUGAAUAAAUCACUGUUUGUUGUUCAGAUGCGUAUUAUUAUAUCACUCGGGCUGCACCCUCGUGAUAUAAUUCCUUCGCAUCUGAACUCCAAACAGUGAUUUAUUCGGUGACAAAUCACUAAAUGAGAUAUAUUAUUUCUUAAUUGUUUCACAUUUUUUCCAGUUAAAUAGUGUUUUGCUUUAAAUGUGGCGAAGUUCCACGGUAGGUCAGUAUACCUGCCUGUUGAUUAUAAAUUGACUCAGGGUACAAAAUGUUACAAGAAGUCCUCCAUUUACUUUUAAAGGGUAAUAUGAUGCAUUAUAAUUAAAUCUAGGGCCUCUGUGGCUAAGUGGUUAAGGUUGCUGACUUCAAAUCAUUUGCCCUUUACCAGUAUGGGUUAAACCUCCUGCUCAGGGCAUUGAAUUUUUCAUUUGAGGAAGCCAUCCAGCUGGCUUGCGGAACGUUUUCGAUUCAACCCAGGUGCCCACUGCUGAUGACAUUAGGGGCACUUGGGGUUGUCCUCCACCGUUAAAAGCUGGAAAGUCACUAUAUGACCUAUAAUUUUGUUGGUGUGCUGUUUUAACCUAACAAAAAAAAUUAAAUCUGUUAUUUUUACAUCACAAAACCUCUAUAAACAAAUGAAAAUUUUAUUUUGUUUAGCAAUAACAUCACAAUUGUAUGCUGCAGUAUUAAUAGUAUUACAAUUACAAACUGCAGUAUAACUAGUGUCACAGUUAUAUGUUGCAGUAUCGGUACUUCUGCAAUCAUAUGCUGCAGUAUCAGUACUUUUGCAAUCACAUGCUUAAGUAUCAGUACUUUUGCAAUCAUAUGCUGCAGUAUCAGUACUUUUGCAAUCAUAUGCUGCAGUAUCAGUACUUUUGCAAUCAUAUGCUACAGUAUCAGUACUUUUGCAAUCAUAUGCUGCAGUAUCAGUACUUUUGCAAUCAUAUGCUUAAGUAUCAGUACUUUUGCAAUCAUAUGCUGCAGUAUCAGUACUUUUGCAAUCAUAUGCUGCAGUAUCAGUACUUUUACUUUUGCAGUCAUAUGCUGCAGUAUCAGUACUUUUUAGGGAUGGGAACGAAUACUGAAAUCAAUAUUCGAAUUUUCAGUUUGCCAUAUUCGAAUAUUCAGUUUGUUUAAUGGAAGCUUUAAAUACUUAAGCGAUUGGCAUAUACACAGUAUAUUCCGUUGUUUAAAACGUGAAUCAUCGUAAUAAAUAUGGACUGUUUGAUAAAAAAACUAUACUUUAAUUUACGAAUAUUCGAAUUUGUUGUUCACAUUCGAAUAUUCGGCCGAUUUUCAAAUGUUCGAAUAUUCGUUCCCAUCGCUAGUAGUUUUGCAAUCGUGUGCUGCAGUACCAAAAGUAAUACAACCAUAUGCUGGAGUAUCACAAUUGUAUGCAAUAGUAUCACAGUCAUAUGUUGCAUUAUACAAUAGUAUCACAAACAUAUGCUGCAGUAUCAGUAGUAUUGCAACAGCAAAAAAAAUCUUGGUGGUUGCUUCUACAAGACAUAUUUUUCAUGUUUAGAAGCCUACUAUAGGCUCAUAUUUUAUGGAUAUUUAUUGAACAAGAAGAAUUGUUGUGUUGCUUUUUCCAUGAAAUGAUAUCUUUAUAUCUAGUAUUGUUUGCUUUAUCAGGGAAAUCCAGUUUUACAUUUUUUUUUUUGCAUAUCUUAAUUUUAUGACUGCUGAAAAUUGGGUAACACUUGCAGAAGUGGAGCAGUCAUUUUAUUUUUAAGUACUUGUAAAUUAUUGUAGGUUCUUUACUGCUAGACAGUUUAUAUUUCUUUUUCAUGCUGUUUAAGCCAAAUGUUGCCUAUUUAUACCUGUUUUAACAUGUAAUGAAGUAGCAGUCCCAAGGUGUUACGAAGUACCUGUCAUUAUUGUUAUAGUGAUGCCAUAGAUCAGGAACAAUCUUUCAUUUUCUGCAUUCCCAAGCUUGUUUCUUGCUGAUAUAUCAUUUUGUAAUGUUAUUGUUAUAUAUUGAUAAUAAAAUAUUAUUUUAUA